CGUCGUCUGUCGGAUUUACAUGUCAGACGUCAUCCUGGUUCUGCGUGUCGAGUUGUGAGGCCAUAUUUCCAAGUAUCCUGAGAACCUGCCCCUGGGUUACAAAUUAAGCCUGGCUUUGGUCAUUUUGGAGAUUCUCUGCUGAGAAUAACAACUCACAUUCCUCGAGUUUGCCCAGCAGUUCAAGGAAAAAACCAUAUAUGUACUGAGAAUGCUUAACUCUGACACAAUAUCCAUAGAAGGAAGAGUUCUUCAAGGAUCUGUGACAAACAGAGUGCUUCUGCAAGCACUACCCAUUGGGAGGAAAUAAGCCAACUGGUGAACUCCAGCUGGUUAGACUGCAUCUGGUGUUCAGUUCUUGCUGCCUUAUUUUAAGAGAGCCAUUGACAAGUUAAAGCAUCUUGAGAAGAGUUCCUUGAUCUGUUGAAAAGAAGUAGAAAAGAUAAAUCCUCUCUUCAACGCCUGGAAGGGAAAACAAAAUAACUUCAACUCGGCUUUGAAAAAAAUCUUUCCAAGAACUUUCUUCAGAGAUUUUACUCAGAUGGUUUAUACAAUGAAGAAAGAACAGAUUUUUUGGGUGUCUGUGUAUCUUCUGCUUAAUUGUGCCUCUGCCCUUCUUAGUGCUGUCCUUGAAGUGGAAGAAUAUACAGAUAUUACAGAUGUUGAGUUGCCACCACUGAAACUUUUACAUUCAUUUUGUGCUUUGAAAGCGGAUAAUGGCCCAUGCAGAGCAAUGAUUACACAAUUUUUUUUCAACAUUCACACUCAACAGUGUGAAGAAUUUAUGUAUGGGGGAUGUGAAGGAAAUCAGAAUCGAUUUGGAAGUCUGGAAGAGUGCGAAGAAAAAUGUAUGAGAGUUUAUCCAAAGGCCAAGAUAGAGACAACAUUAGAAAAAGAAAAGCCAGAUUACUGCUUUUUGGGGGAAGACAGUGGAGUCUGUCGAGGUUAUAUAACUAGGUAUUUUUAUAACAAUGAGUCAAAGAAAUGUGAAGAUUUCAAGUAUGGUGGGUGCCUUGGCAAUCAAAACAACUUUGAAUCACUGGAUCAAUGCAAGCAAACCUGUGAGAGUUUAGUGAAUGAUCUUCAGUUGGAACAAGCUGUGAAUAAUACAGUACUGCCUGAGUCUACGGGUAAUACAAUACCGUUUAGUCCUGUGAAUAGUCUGACAACGCUUAAUGUUACAAAUACUGUGUCCCCGCCUGAUUCUGUGAAUAAUGAUUCUGUCACUUCCCAGCCUACCAAGGUUCCCAGCUUUCUGGAAUUUCACGGUCCUUCCUGGUGUCUGACUCCAGCAGACAGAGGAUUGUGUCAAGCCAAUGAGAGCCGAUUCUACUACAAUUCAGUCAUUGGGAAAUGCCGCCCAUUUAAGUACAGUGGAUGUGGAGGGAAUGAAAAUAAUUUUACUUCUAAAAAAGCAUGUCUUAGGACUUGUAAGAAAGGUUUCAUCCAAAGGAUAUCAAAAGGAGGAUUAAUUAAAACCAAAAGAAAAAGAAAGAAGCAGACAGUGAAAAUAGUAUAUGAAAAAAUUUUUGUUAAAAAAAUAUAAAUUUGUUACAUUAUUACAUCAGUUCUAAAUAUUUUGGAUGAAACUUUUCACUAUAAUUCUUAUUUUUUCUUUCUUGAAAUCCUUUUAAUGAAUAUUUCCAUGAAUUUUCUAUGUACAUAAUAACCACUAUUAAUAAUUUGUAUCAGAAUUUCUUUAUCUAAUCAAAGUGCAUAUUCAAGGGCUGAUUACUAUGAAUUUACUUAUUCUCUCAAUCCCUUUCUAUUUCCCAUUGACUACAAAUUAUCAUAUUACUGGCCACAUCAAAUCAGUCCAUUUUUUCAUUUGGUGAUCAUCUGAGAAUAUGUUGUCAUUUAUUUGUUUUGAUCAUGUAGAUGAUGAUCUCCUUUAUAGCCUAUGCACAGAUUAAAAAAUACAGCUAUUAAAGAUCAAGCACUUUUUGGAUUUCACAUCUAAAAUGGUGACAAGCACUUCUUUCUGUAAGGAUCACUCAAUUAUACAUUUAACUAGAGCUGGUAAUAAUACAAUUCCAUCAUGUGCUUCCCUCCCUGGACAUACUUUUUCUCCUUUUUUAUAAACCAGUACCUCAUAUCAGUCCUGAGCCAAACCAUUAUCUGAACAAAGAGAGUCAACU